GCUUACCCCGUAGGGUUACUACAACACCCCCUUCCCUACAGAGUUUGAACCGCUGGACCUCAAUCUCUCCCGUACGGAACACACUCUGUCAACCCUACGGGGUCUGUCAACCGAGCGGUUUGCUUACCCCGUAAGGAUGUGGGCGCUCUAGUAUCCCCUACGUACCUUGCGUGAACCCCUUCCCCCCCUUCCUCAACUGAUACGACUUCUAAUCAUUACCUUAUUGAAUGACACCAGUACUACUCCCCCUACUGUUGGGUCUUCCUUCGCACGUGACUUCCUGUUUGUGUCACUAUGGAAAUCUAUGGAUUUUUUUUUUUUUUUCUCUUUUUUGCCUUUUUGGAAUUUUUGGCAAGGAAUUUUUAUACAAGAGAGCAGCCCAAGACUGAGACUUUAGCCCUCAUUUUUAAGCCUAUACCUCGUUGAAUAUGUCACUUCCAGAGACAAACAAUGGAUCGUUAGGUUCAGCUGAAACUCCUGGAACUGGUACCAAUGGUGGUGCCGUCCCAAUGUCCGAAAGUGUUUCCAUAAAUGGGAGAGAGUCCACCCGAGAACUUGCCAAUGGUAAGUCAAUUCUGAAUGUACAUGGCUCUAUUGGAUCUAGUUCUAUUGGACCUACUGGAUCUAGCUCUACUGGACCUAUCAAUUCCCAGCCAAGUGCUUCAAUUCCAUCCAUUCUUCAAGUAUCAAGACCAUUCUUCACUGCAGCAGAAUUGAAAUAUCUUCAUGGACAAUCCAUUCCUGAACCAAGGAAAUUAGUCUAUUCACAAAAGAAACAUCAAGUAUUCCAAUUCACAUUCCGAAUAGUCAAACAAUUGAAGUUCCCCCUUAGAGUCUUGGCAACAUCAAUGAAUUAUUAUCAACGAUAUUAUCUCUUCAACAAGUUUGAAGACCCGUCAGAUAAUCAAGAUUUACUUCAAGAUUUAGAGAAAGAUCCCUUUGUCAUUGCCACUGCUUGUACGUUCCUUGCCUCGAAGAAUGAAGAUUGUAUCAAGAAAUUGAAAGAUAUUCAAACCAUUGCCAAUAAAUUGAGAGAUAUCGACGAUAAUGACCCAAGAGGCAUUUAUUUGGAUACCCAACGUCGUGCCAUCAUGGGAGUGGAAUUCCGUCUACUUCAAGCGAUCAAAUUUGACUUUGUCAAUGGUUCCUCUUCAUCGGUAUCUGUCGAUCAAUUGGUGGUUCAAUUCUCCAAGAAACUCAACAUUGAUUACACAAACACCAUGCAUUCAUGGCUCAUUUGCUUUGAUAUCAUGUCAACACCACUCUGUCUUAUGAUCCCUCCACAUUGUAUAGCGGUGGCCAUCAUCAUUAUCACGUUAAAUGUGAAGCCUCAUGAGUUGAUCCACAAGUAUAACAAGGGUGAACCACAGCUUUCCUCUUCAAAUCUCAACACUAUCCUUGAAAGUAUCGACUGUUAUGCACAAUUCAGAUGUCCUGAGCCGUUAGUCAAUGAAGGUAUUGUCUACAUUCUCGACUAUUAUGUCCACAACAUGAAUUUCCUGAUUUUGAAUGAAUACAUGCCGGCCAUUGACGCGGACACCGGGAAGGAACAAAUCUUCAAGUUUAUGGACUUGAAGUCUCGUUUCAACGACUUGAAGAUCUUGAGCCAGGCCUCAUGCAACGACCGUGAAUGGCUCCGCCAGGACAUGUAUCUUCAGCCAUGGGACUAUUCGGUCAGUGCCAAGGGUAGUACACGGUUCAUGUUGGGGAACAAACGGUCACGCUUUGAGCUGGAGCUUACUCAGGUUGAAUUGGACCGCAAGAAGAAACACACGGGGCCCUCUUCCUCUUCUUCCGGACCGGUCGCCACGGGCACAAGUGUCCCAGCCACUGGGGGUGCUUAGGAGGGCACCUUGUGCCAAUAGGGAUCCCUUCCAUUGCAAGCCGGUCCACUGUCACUCUGUGGGCAACUAGCCGUGGAGGUCUCCUCGUAGAGGAGCUAGGCACCACGCAGUGGCUCUCCCCGAGUAGGGGCCAGCGGAGCGGCUUACAGUCCCACAGGGAAGGGCGUAGGGCUGCCCUACGGGGUGUGCAAGCCGCUCCGCUGGCACUCCGUGGGCCACUAGCCGUGGAGGCUUUGUUCCUCUGACGAGGAAGGGGACUAGCAUAGAAGGGGGUGUAGUGAUGGAACCUGUAGCGUGCGUAGGCGCAUAGGAUGCCACUCACCGACCCUGCGGGGCAGUAUGACGCUCCGUGGGCCACUAGCAGUGGUGGCCCUUUUCCUUUGACGAGGAACUGAAGGGGCUGAAGGAGGACUCCUCGUAGAGGAGCUAGGCUCCACGCAGUGGCCCUCUCCGGGCAGGGGCCAGCGGAGCGGCUUACACCCCCCGUAGAGUGGCCAGGGACUCCCUUCGAGUAAGACAAGCGGUCCAUCCAUGGCGGAGCGUGCCCUGUGCUGAAGUCCGCCUCGUGAAAUUUACAUACCAUAUAUGUCUAUAGA